AUGGCAUCCUCGUUCCGCCGUCGGCGCGUCGUCUGGUCUACGAUCAUUUUCUCGGCCCUCUUGCUCUUCUACGUAAGCACGCACGACAUUGCUUCCCUCUGGUCGCUACCGCAGUCCCUCAAAGACUUUGGUUUCUCCCCGUCGUCCUCGCACGCCGGCCAGGUUGCGCUCGCGAAACUCAAAGAGGUCACACAGCGCAAGGCUCAGGCGUCUGAGAUCCAUGGGCUACUAUAUUUCGUCUCGGAAUAUCCUGAGCGACGACUCGAUGAGGACGAGGGCUACAUCAACGUGACGGGCCUCGGACGCGUUGAAGUGAACCCAGACGACAGUAUCGGCCUGGACGUGUACGCACCGGACGGCGACUCAAACUGGGAGAGUCAUAUGAAAGUCCUGAAGGAGGAGCACCCAUUGGUCAUCUUCAGCAAGACGUACUGCCCGUACUAUCACUUUAGCUUCUCGCAGCGUGCGAAGUCGCUCCUCCACAGCUACGAACUUGAUCCUCCGCCAGUCGUCAUCGAGCUGAACACAAGAUCAGAUGGUCCAAUGAUUCAGAAGAUCCUAGCGAGACUGACGGGCAGGCGUACAGUUCCGAACAUUCUCCUGCAGGGCAAGUCAAUAGGUGGCUCCGACGAUAUUCAUGCACUUCACGAGGAGCACAAACUCAAGGACACGCUCGAAGCGGCUGGCUUGGAAGUCAGUGGCGUUUGGGCUGGACUGCAGGUGCACGCGGCCUAA